CGCUCGCACACGGAGCGCGCACACCAUGGGAGGGACGGCGGGGCGCAGCCCGGAGCGCUGCCGCUUUCUGGACGCAGAAGCGGCCAAGGCGCGGGAGAAGGGCUGCCCCAGGUACCAGCUCUGCGGACUGCUCUUCAGCCUGCUGCUCCUCUCCCUCAUCCUGAUAUGUUUUGGUGUCAGGUACCUCUGGAACCCAGCGCCCAGAAAAGUCUAUGACAUGGAGCACACGUUCUUCAGCAACGGUGAGAAGAAGAAGAUUGUGAUGGAGAUUGACCCCCUGACCAGGACAGAGACCUUCAGCAGCGGGAAUGGCAGCGAGGAGAUCCUGGAGAUCCAUGACUUCAAAAACGGAAUUACCGGCAUCUUCUUUGUGGGACUUCAGAAAUGUUUCAUCAAAACUCAGCCCAAAGUCCUGCCUGAGACCACAGAGGCCAAGAUCCCUGAGCUUGAGGGACAGGAAAUCACCACCACCUACUUUGAGCAGUCUGUGGUCUGGGUGCCUGGGGAAAAGCCCAUUCAGAACAAGGAAUUCCUGAGGAGCUCCAAAAUUUUUGACAUCUGCAAAAACGUGACCAUCUUCUGGAUCCACCCCACGCCAAUAGCAGCUCCUGAGCUGGCCAACCUCGAAGGGGCAGAAGAAGAAGAGCCUGAGCUGCAGAUGGACAGCCAGAGCUGGCUGGACGGGGGGAACGAACACAAGGAGCUGCAGGAGAACACACGGGCAGGGCCCAAGCGUCGGGCACGGCAGCUCACCGAGGAGGACCUGCCCGUCAAUGACUAUUCGGAGAACGGGCUGGAGUUCCACCCGCUGUGGGAUGAGCGGGGCUACUGCUGUGCCCAGUGCCGCCGUGCCCAGCGCUACUGCCGGCGGGUGUGCGAGCCGCUGCUGGGCUACCACCCGUACCCGUACUGCUACCAGGGCGGCAGGGUCAUCUGCCGGGUCAUCAUGCCCUGCAACUGGUGGAUCGCGCGCAUGCUGGGCAGGGUGUAGCGGGCACGGUGUAGCCGGGCACCGUGUAACCGGGUAGGGUGUA